AUGGAGCUGGAGAGGCGUCUGGCCGCCAGCUCCGGAGAUCCACCCCUCUGUGGAGCGUACUGGGAGAAGCGGGAGGAGCUCCAGACCCUUGACAAUCUUCGGGCCCGGGGUGCUUUCGUACGAUCCCACAUCCAUCUCCUGUGGGAGAUGGAUCGCGGCUCCCGCUUCUUCUACGCCCUGGAGAAGAAGAGGGGGGCAAAAAAGCACAUCCUCUGCCUUUUGGCAGAGGACGGCGCCCCGCUCACGGAUCCGAUGGAGAUGUGCGAGAGGGCCAGGGCCUUCUAUGCUGGCCUUUCCUCCCCGGAUCCAACCGAUGCCGAUGUCUGCAGAGUGCUUUGGGACGGACUCCCGAUGGUCUGCACGGGUGACCGGGACCGGCUGGAGCUGCCUCUCACUCUAGCUGAGUUCUCAGAAGCCCUCCAUCUCAUGCCCACUAAUAAAUCUUCGGGCAUGGACGGGCUGACCGCCAUCUCGCUGCGGCUACGGUCCUUGCUGGCGGAUGUGGUCCAUCCAGACCAGACCUACACCAUCCCGGGCCGUACCAUCUUUGACAAUCUUUAUCUGGUCCGGGAUCUCUUGGAGCUUAGGUUGACGGGGUUGGUGCUCUAUGAGCCAGGGACAUGGCUGGUCCUGUCAGUGUACGCCAAUGGCGUGCUCCUCGUGGUCCAGGACCCGGGUGACCUGGUGCUGGUGGAGGCCUGCCAAGCUAUGUACUUGGCAGCCUUCUCUGCCCAGGUCAACUGGGUCGAGAGCUCUGGCCUGAUGAUUGGGGCCGGGUGGCAGGCACUAGAAGACUACAACAGAAUAUGGGGAGUUAUAAACAUCAGUGCAGUAAAUCAGAAUGGCAGAUCCGUGACUCCAAUCACAAGACCAUCUCAGACAGCACAGGAAAAAUUACUACGCAGCAUUUAUCUGACUCAUGUUGACCCAUCAGUUGUGCAGUAUGUUGAAGCACAUGGCACAGGAACUCCUGCUGGAGAUCCUACAGAAGCAGAGAGCCUAGGUAGCAUCAUUGGUAAUAACAGAUCUCCUAAAAUGCCUGUUCUAAAGAUUGGUUCUGUUAAAGGAAAUGUUGGCCAUACUGAAUCAGCUGCUGGGGCAGCUGGGUUAAUUAAAGUUCUUUUAAUGAUGCACCAUGAAACGAUUGUUCCAUCUGUGCAUUACAGAGAGGAUAUUAGUAGCAUAAAUACAGAGAAGUUAAAUCUAUCAAUUCCAACAACAGUAGAGAAAUGGGAAGAGUCGAGAGAAUUUGGAAGAGUAGCUGGUGUCAACUGUUUUGGAUUUGGGGGAACCAAUGCCCAUGUUGUUGUCAGACAGUUUAAGCAAACACAGGUUCUUCCUCCUUUUAAAAGACCGAUUGAAUUAUUUGUACUCUCUGCGGCUUCAAGCAAAUCCCUUAAAUUGACAAUGGAAGACACAGCUGAACAGUUAAACAUAAGCAACUCAGUAACUCUCCCAAAUCUGGCCUAUACAUCUGCCUGCAAACAAACUAGAGUUUUGUCCUCUUUGCAAACUGAUAAAGAAUAUCAGACACUUCUUAGUCUUGCAGGGAAUCUGUUUGAAUUGGGAUAUAAUCCUGACUGGCAUCACUUUUAUGAAGGGUAUCAAAGUUUUCCAGCAGCCUUUCCAAGGUACCAGUUUGAUCGUAAGAAGCUAAUGACCUAUUUUGACAUCCACCAACAAGCAAAUCGAAGAGCUGUAAACUCAAAUCAUCCUUUGAUUUGCAGUUUGAACAACGACAACACCAAAUUCAACUGCCCAGUUUCCCAGGCAUCAGCACCCUAUUUAUAUGAGCACAAGAACAAUGGUGUUGCUUUAGUUCCAGGUGCAUUUUUUGCAGAGCUCGGUUUGGCAUCUGUGAUGAGUAGUUCGAGGCCGAAAGUGCCUUUAAGUACUUGUCAGAUUAGUAUCAAUUUUUUGGCACCAUGUGUUUUAAACCAGAAUUCCCAUGAUUUAAAGAUAGAAUUGGCGUCACAAAAAACAGUGACAGAUUUCAAAAUACUGUCAUCCUCAGCUGCAGUUUAUGCAUCAGGACAAAUUACAAAGAAGUCUGAAGCUGCAGUGGAAGAAAACAGCAUCUCCUUUCAAGAUAUCUUUCAACGGUGUAAAUCAGUAGUUACAGCCGAUGAGGUUUAUGAAACACUGUCUCAGGUUGGAUUUCAAUAUGGUUCCAUGUUCAGACAGUUAAGUGAUGUAUUUUACUGUGAAGAGCUAAAGGAAGCUAUAACCAGCAUAAAGGUGAACAGAGAGACAAGAGAAGAGAUGUCUGACUAUUGUAUCCAUCCAGUGCUGUUAGACUGUUUUCUACAGAUGACCGCUGUCAUGACGACAAUAACUUUCCAAACCAGAGCAGGCUUUCCUUCUGGCAUAGGCAGCCUUGUAGUUUGCAGACCUUUGGAGGAGGAAAUGAUGAUAUAUUUGAAAACAAGCAAAUCGACUGGGAACUACUUAGAGGUUUGUGGAUGCUUUACAGAUAAACAUGGCUCUGUUUUGGCAGAACUGAAACGUGUUGGGAUCACUUUUAUGAAGCCAACAUCCCCCAGAGACAAUGACUUGCUCUUUGAAAAUAAGUGGAAAGAAAUAUUUCCCGCUCAGACCAUAGGAAGUUUAGGGGAAGCACCCAGAGUCAUUGUGUUUGCUGACAGACUUGGAAUAGCUCAGCAGCUCAAAAGAUACUUACACAAUGAGUCGAGAUAUGUUAUGUAUGAAGAUUGGGAGACAUUGCUGGAAGCCAAGAGUUCAGAAAUGACUGCACAACAUAAAAUGAAAAGGGAGCUUGAAGACUACCAGGAUGUUUUGUUCAUGUGGGGAAUUCAGAAGUUAAAUGACCAAUUCCCAAGGAAAGUGGUGGCACAUUUAGCUAAGUGUUGUGAGGCUUAUCGCCAAAUUAUUGUGGCAUUAAGAGAGAAAAAAUCCAGUUGUUCAGUUAGAAUAAUCACCUACAGAACAACAGAUAAAAAUGUAGAUCAUCUUAACCCUGGGUUUGCUUUGUGUGGCAUGACGAGAACCUGCAUAGUUGAAGUUUCAGAAAUCACAUUUCAGAUGAUUGACAUCAGCUCUUCGAGUACACUGGACAUCUCAGCCUUAGCAGAUGUUAUUGUAAAGUAUGAAGGACAGGAUCAUCCAGAAAUUUGGAUCAAUCAAGGAAGAAUUUACACUUCGGAAAUCAGACGCACACCAUUUAAAGAUGUGGAUUACAGUCAACCUUCAAAGUCUCUUCAGAACUCAGAGACGUUUACUUUAUAUACUACAGAUCCUUACCAAAUGAAAGAUUUAUCUGCUGAAAUAGCCAAUAAUACCAUUACUCAGCUUGAAAAUCACAGUGUUGAAGUUCAAAUGGAUAAAGUAUGUAUCCAUUCAGAAGACUAUUUUCCUGUUAGCAUUUCAAGCUGUAACUUUGGGAAUACAUUGUAUUGGAAUUCAUAUACAAUAGACAAACAUAAGCUUUUAGCUCUGGACUUCAGUGGCACAGUAACUGCAGUAGGCAGUGAAGUGAAAAAAAUUAAGGUAGGAGAUCAUGUGGCUUCAUGUUAUCCACUUGUUGCAUCAUCAAGAGUCACGGUUCCAGGGACAGUUUGUUUCAACAUCAAGAAGUUUCCAUGCUUUAGAAAUGUACCUUGUGUGUCAUACUUUAUGGUAGCAUGGGAAAUUGUAAAUCAAACAUUACCAAAGAUGAAACAUAGUGGGACUUUAGGUAUUAUUUCUACUGAACCAGAGUCAGUUUUGUGCAAAGUGCUCACUCUGACAGCACAGGAAAUGGGCUGGAGAACAGUACUUGCAAAACCUACGUCUGAUCAUUGGCAACGUGUAAAUCAGUGCAAUGCCCUUGUUUAUCUGCCUCCAGUAGAUGGAAUGCCUAAGGAAGUUCUAGUCCGUCUUUCCCAUCUCCGAGACCUUGUGAUAGUACAUGGUAAUCAACAGUCUGAAUGUUUUCGAUACCUAAUUGGAAGUGAUCAAGAAAACAUUCAUGUUCAUAUACUGAAACUUUUCAGUACCUUUCAGAAAGCAGCUCUGAAACAAUCCCUAAGGGCUGUCCACGGAUGGAUCAAAUCAAUGCAAAUGAAAGAAUUAAAAAACCUAUCAUAUUCUGUUUUUCAGCAGACUGAGAGCUUUGAAAGUACAAACAGUGCAGCGACCUCCUAUUUCACCUGCAAAUCUAUCCCACUGGCUGUGCUGAAAGGGGAUGUGGCGACCAACAGGAUUUCAGAUAUACCUGUGUAUGAAGCACAGAAGAAAAUGUUUAAUCAGAAUGCAGUUUACAUAGUGGCAGGGGGACUCACUGGGCUUGGAUUUGAAACUGUGAAAUUUAUAGCCCAGAAUGGAGGGGGCUGUAUUGCAAUACUUUCAAGGAGCAAUCCAAGCAGUGAGAAGCAAGAAGAAAUCAAGGCUUUGCAGAAUCAGUGUGAAGGGAGCAGAAUAGUCAGUUUGCAGUGUAAUGUUAUUUCUAGCUCUCAGGUUGAGAAAGCUAUGAGUUCAAUUGACAGAAUCUUCCCAAAGAACCCAAUCAAAGGUGUAUUCCAUAGUGCUGUGGUUUUGCAUGAUGGACGUCUUGAAGCUCUGAACUUAUCUCACUUUGAGAAAGUGUUAAGUCCCAAAGUUGCAGGGGUAAUAAAUCUCCACCAGGCUACCAGAGGGCAGGAACUUGACUAUUUUGUGUGUUACUCCUCUGUGACUUCAUUUCUUGGAAAUUCAACACAAGCAAACUAUGCUGCUGCUAAUUCUUUCCUGGAUGUUUUCUGCCACUACAGGAGGAAUUGUGGACUUUCAGGACAAUCCCUUAAUUGGGGUGCCUUGAAUCUUGGCUUACUGCUAAAUCAAAACAACAUUCAAAAUAUUUUGGAAUCCAAAGGCAUAGAUAUUCUGCAGGUACAUGAAAUUUAUGAAUAUCUUAAAAAAAGCUUAAUUCUGAAUAAUCCUCAGCAAGCUGUAGUCAAAUUAAAUUUUGGAACUCUAAGCAAUCAUGUUCUUUCUCGAAUAGCAUCACUCAAAAGUCGCUUCCGUACACUCGUUUCAGAAGAAUUCGGCAGCAAACUUGAGGUAUCUGAACAAGGAACCCCUCAGAAUUUAUCUCCAGUCAAUUCUGAAGAUUAUAUCACCUCAUUGGUGAGUUAUCUCAGUAGUACAAAUGCAAGUGAUCUUACAAUGAACACAUCACUUGCAUCACUGGGCAUGGACUCUAUGUUAGCCAUGACGCUACAGAAUCGUAUCUUCCAUGAAAGAAGGGUGGAGAUCCCCCUUGUGAAACUACUUGAUCCUCACACAACUAUGUCAAGUUUAGUACUAUUUUUAGAAGAAAGUUCUAAUGAAUGUGGGUCACUUGAGAAAACAACUUAUGUAGCAGAAAGUAUCGAAGAUGGAAGCUGGUUAUAGGAACCCAUUUCAUGGAGUAAUUUGGUAACUUUGGAGUUACUAGGACCCUAGUGAUAUUUCAAAUCAAUCAUCAUACACUUUGGGUAGAAUAAAGCUUUGAAUGAUAAUAAGUUAGUUCUUUACCACCAAACCAGCUUAGUUUUGGUACUGCACUUUACUCAUUGUAUGCAUCAUACCUUCUGUAUGUAGCACACAUUUUUUGUUAACAUGUAUUAGUAAAAACCACAGUAAAUUGAUGUAUAUACAUCUUGAUUUUGCAGAUUUGUAUAUGAAAUAAAAUAUAAGUAAAUUGUAUAUAUUUUCUGUUUCGAUAUUAAUGAAUAAUAGAUUGAUUUGACUGCAUCUUAAAUAAUGAAUAUC